AUGGCUCCGCGUCGGAAGCCUUCCUCCGUGGCGAGGAAGAGCACUCCGCCUCGAGGAGGGCGAACAGAGCUCUCGAGAGGCGACUCCUCUUCCCAGGCCAGCAGUCCCCGGAGGAGCUCGCCGCGUCUCUCUUCGUCUCUGUCUCCUUCGCCCCGUUCCUCAGCGGCUGCGAAGGAGAGGGGGAGACAGAGAGGGAGCCGCGUACGGGAGGAAGCCUCCUUGGAAACAGAUCGCGAGGCAAAGGUCGAAAAGGCAAAAGCGAACCAAAAAGAGAGACAGAAACGCGACUCGGCGCCCCCCAGCACUGCGGUGGCUUCUCAACGAGGUGUACAUACAGCGGACAGAGGGUGCCCUGAUUCACGGACGUCCGCAAAGCAGCGGAGGCAGCCGGUGCGCUCUUCGUCGUCUGACGAAAACUAUCAAGAGAGCGAAGAAGAGGAGGAAGAAGAAGGAAUGAGCGACCGGAUGAGGAAUGGAAGAGAAGUGAAGAAGGCCCCAGCUGAUGCCUCUCCAUCUUUUCAACGUCCUCGGCGCAGUGAUUCCGCUUCGCCGGACGAAAACACUGCGCCUUCCUCGCGUCGCUUUUCCUCCGAGGACCGAUUUCCUCCUCCGUAUCCUCUGCAUUCUUCCACGGCGCGCGAAACCAAGCGAAAGCCAAGCUCUGCCUCUGACCCGACCGUUCGCAUUUCCGCACGGGCGCCGCCGAGGGCCGGGAGUGCGCGGGAAGGUUCUCUGCCUUCGAAAGAGGGGAAGAAAGAGAAGACUGCAAGCUCGCCGUCGGCUUCUCGUCAGGCGUCGCGCGACAGCGUUUCGCGCUCUUCUGAAACGCUCUCAAAGGCGCCAACCUCUGGAGACCGCGCGCCUACGGCCCCGCUGCCAGAAAUUCACGAGGCGUUCGCCAAGUCCCAGACCGACUCGUUCGCGUUGCCGCAGGCGCCUUUCUCGCCGCCUUCGAGUGUCGUUACCGCUCGGCGCCAAGCCGACCAGCUGGUUCCCUCUUGGGUCCGACACUACCUCUCCGUUUACUCGCGCUUCACGGCUCGGGAACUCUCCCUCACUGCGGCUCUCGCGGGCGUUCGCGGCCUGCUGCACGAGGCCGCCGACGUCGCCUUGUCGGAGGGUGGAAAAGAGCGAGAUGAGACAGAGGGGAAGAAAGAGGAGACGCGGAGGCGCGAAGAUGGGUGGCGUGACGAGACCGCAGUGACUCCAGAGCGCCUUUUAGAAGUCGUCUUUCGCCAGUGCUUGCACUUGAGUCUGACGCUGCCGAAACUGCCGGAACGCGAAGGCGGCAGGUUGUGCGCCUUCUUCUAUCGGACCCUCGCGAAGCUCGACGAGGCCAUCAGCGAGGCGAGAAGGAAGAGAGAACGGCGCCACGGACCCAAGAGCGAGGAGGGAACGGCGGCCGAGGAGGGGACGAAAAAGACCAGCGACGCGCAGGAACGCCGGGCGGAAAGUGCACGCCUGGAGGACGCACGCGUGCUCGGCGAAGAGGCAGAAGACGGAGGGAAAGUCGAAGGAAAGACACGCACCCCGGAAGAUGAAGCCUUGAGAUACAGAUAUGUCGAGGCGCUCUGGUGUCGCCUUCUGCCUCAGCUUCUCUGUCGUUCUCGAGCGGCGCGCGUCGGCGUCUGCUGCUUCCUUCUCCAGCUCGUCGGCUGGGGCUGUGGAACUGGGAUUGAAGUCGCAGAAAGCAUUCAAAAAAUGCACCGCCAAAUUUUGCUGCAACUCCUCGGAAAAAGCAAAGAAGCCGCUGUGCGCCGCAUGGCCCUUCUUCUCCUGGAACACUUUCAAACGCCUCUUCCGUCCUGCGCCGUAUGGCGUGCUUUCAUGGGUCACUUGACCGACGAGGCACCAGCCGUCCGACGAGCAGCCGUCUGCCGCAUUCUUCUUCCCCUUCCGCACUCGCCCGAGUCGCCGCAUGCACCCGCCACUCUCGAGUUUGCCGCGGCUGUUUCCCAACUAGUCACUCGCCGCGCCUGCGAUGCGUCAGCUGACGUUCGCGCCGCUGUGUACCGGAGACUCGCCCACAAUGACGCGUCGUUCUCUGUGGAGCAAAAGAGCUUUCUGGUGAUGACGGGUUUGAAUGACAAAGCGAAGGGGGUUCGGGAGGCGUGCAGUCGCAUGCUGCGGCGCUGGCUGCAGUUGCGCCAUUCGACAGCGCCUGGAAACCCCCCGCGGGAAGACGCGCGCGACCGCGUUUCGUCUGGCGAAGCAGGCGAAGCAGCGGAAGGCGACCGGGCGGAGGUGGACGGCGAGCAGCUGAGGCAGAGGGACGCCGGAGCCGGCGACGACGCGGGGCUUGACGGGGGUGGAGUGCAUGCGUGGGAGGGAAGAACCAAGCGCGAGGAAGCAGAGAGACCGCCGCACGAGCGUUUGGAAGAAGAGCGGGAAAGAGACGAGAUGGCGACGUUCACGGCCUUCUGCGAGUCUCCUCUCCACCGGCUCGUCGACGAGUUGAUGGACAAUAUGCCGUUCAACGAAACUGCCAUCGAGGUCCUCGUCAAGGAAGUCUUGCUCCACUGGCCUCAGGACUGUCGCCUCGACCUCCUCCGCAGAAUCCAGAGAAACGGAAAAAACCUCUCCAAGUUAACCGCUUCCGGACUCCUCAUCCUCAGGGUGUACAUGCAGACACUCGCUUCCGAAGAAGACCGAGCGAGCCUCGACGUUCCGGAUCUCCACAGACUCCUCCUGCAGCUGCUCGCGGCCUGCAGGCAUCACGAAGAGGAACAGAAGAAUGCCGCCGCCUCGCAGGCAAAAGCGGUCGGCUGUAAAGACCCGGUAGCUUCUGCGCAGGUCGAGUCACAGCUGCAAGGCACCGAGGAGCACCUCUUGACCCUUAACGUCUGCCUUCGCCAGUUGCUCCUACUGGCGUGCUUCGUGGACAUUGCUGAGCAACAGCAGGCGCGCCUCCUCGACGACGCCUGCGAGCAAAUCCUUCUCAAGGUCCCCUUGGUUGACUGCGCGCGCCUUCUGGCCUUCAAUAUCGAUCCCCUGGAGACGCGAGUCACGCCCCUCUCUCCCGGUUUCGGAGAUUCCGGACCCACGCAUGCGUCAGGUUUUCUUGCGUCGUCGAUUGGGAAUGCUCUCUGGCCGGUUUGCUGCGAGGAUGCGAACCUGGCGACCGCGCUGUGGUCAAACACGGAGGAAGUGGAUCCUUUGACAGUCCCAGUGCAGGCGUACGCGAUGCUGCCUCUGCAGCAACAGCACUCCGCAUUGCUCGACGAGUUGGCUGGGCUUCAACAGAAGUCGAGGGGACUGUUUGAAGUCGCAAACUCGCUCCGAAAUUCGGCAGCCGACAAAAACGGCGAGACCCAGCAAACCGCGGGGAAGGGGAGACCAGGCGGCGAGGAAGGAGGCGAGCCGAUGGCGCAUGCCGUCCAGCAACAAAUUACACGCACGCAGAAACAGUUCCAAAGGACUGCAGGGCUGGCGCUCGUUCUCAACAACGAAUUGCACGCUCGUUGGUUUCGCGUGUCCUGCAUUCUGGACGCUUUCUUUGCUCGGUCGUCGAGCAACGGCAGCGUCGAUCCUGCUCUUUCCGACAUUCCCUCGUCCAUUCUUCUGCCUGCCCUAGAGUUCUACUGCAACGAAGCGGACGCCUUCUCGUUCUGCGUCGCGUCGUGCUGCUGCGAAGUGUGCUGCGCGGCGUCUUCCACACCUGCGUCUCUCACCGGAGACAAGCGUUCGGGAGACGCAUCGGCGAGGCGCGACGGAGAGGAGGCCGAGGAAGGACAGAGCUUGAAGUGCUGGCGAGAAAGAGACCAGCGACUGCAGGAAGCGGCGCUCGGCAUCCGAUGCAAGAGUCCACUGCACAGCGAUCUCUGCGAAGUGCUGGUGACGAAGUCGCUCGGGUGCUUCUGCUUGUUGAGCACGAGACACCACGAAGUAGCGAAGCAACUGAAGGCCUACCACGUGUCGCUGCUGGCGUCUCUCGGAGAGCUUCAGUCCACCUCUGCGUGUCUCCAACAGAGUCUCAAUCAUCAGCAGGCGCUGCUCGUGGAAGAGCGCGAGGCAGAAGAACGUCUGUCGAGACGCGAGCGUCGCCUUUUGCUUCUUUUGCGGGAGGAGGAGGAGCGAGAAGAGCGGGCUCCCAGAGAGGGGCGCUUGGCGAAAACGCGCGACAAGAAGAAAGGCAAGAGCAGAGAAGAGAGGGAAGUCGACAUUGAAAGCGCGCGUCAGGGCGUGGACGAAGCGACGGCGGCGACCAAACAUGUGGCUGAGGAGUGCCGGAAAAUCGCAGCGCAAAUCCAGGAGGCAGAAAGCGCGUUCACCUCCCACAUGCUUCGCUGCGAGCUCUACGUCUGUUUCCUGGGAGAUCUUCUCCUCUCUCACCCUACGCUGCUCCAGUCUGAAGUGGCCAAACAGUCUGUUCUGCUGCCGUCGCCCGAAAACGCCAACUCGUCCUCUUCGCUGCUGAAUCUUUUGUGGCAAAUUGCGACGGGGGAAGAGGCGUCGACGAAACAGCUGCAGAGCAUGGCUUUGGCAGUGCUUUUGAAGCUUCUCGUCCUCCCUUUGGCAGAAGACGAGGAAGGCAGGGAGGCCUCAGGCGACAGGUUGGAAAACGCCUCCCUGCAAAAGGGGGCGGACGCCUUGCUCACACAUCUGCAGCGCGUCGUCGGAGAUCGCUUGCGCGUGCUCUUGGAGGUGGUGUAUCUACAACCGACGCUCGAGAGCGGAUCUCGAGAAGUGAUGAAUUACGUGCACUCGGCCUCCGUCUGGGGUUACUCCGCCGACACAAAGCUCCUGUGCUUCACAAUUCUCCAGUGUUUCGCCUCGCCACUGCUUCCUCCUGCGGCAGCGCGCACGGCGUUCGGCGCCUUCUUCGGCGCCUGCCGACACCUCGCGACGCACGGCCUCCGCGGCGUGUUUUCUCUCCACUUCACCGUCCACCAAGAAAGCGAGAGACGCGAGAAUCGUCUCUCUUCUUCUGAGCCAGUCUGCGAGGACGCUCUCGCCGCCUUCGUGGAGGAGCGCGUGAAGAGCGGUGCGGGCGAGUGGACCGAGACUCAAAUUCUGCCUCCGCUCCUCAAGAUGGCCAGAGACAUGAAGAAACUGUUCCUCUUCGCCUUCAGGGGCGUUCGCAGCGUCUGCUUCGCCUUUGCGCUCGCCAGCCUGUCGAGUGCCGAAAAGAAGAGCACUGCGCGACGAGAGACCAGCGCGGACGAAACAGACCCCGAGAGAGAACAGAGCCAAGAGAAAGAAGAAAAAGACGGAGAAGACCGAGAAGAGAGAGAAGAGAGAGAAGGAACGGAAGUCGCAAAGGAGUAUGUGACGCGGUAUCUCGAACUGUUGAUUGUUCUUCUCCUCGUCGCCGACGAGUACAUCAGGCCUCUUCUUCUUCUACAGCCGAACUUGAGGUUCUUCGACGUUGUGGCUUUUGCUGUCUCGGGCUGGGUCGACGGCUCUGCCGAAACGGGCAUCCCCCGCGGAGACAAGGGACAGCGCGAGAGAGAAAAAGAGAAGGAAAAGGAGAGUCAACUUCGAUCCCUUGUCGACAUCCACGCCGCCUGCGACGCUCCAGGAUGCCUGACUCUCCUCGUCGUCGUGCACCACCUUCUUCGUGAACUUGUGGCGACCGUCAGUGCCUCGGCGCCAGCGUCGGCACAACCCAGUGCAGUGGCGAGUCACCGCCUAGCGACGAAGGUGCUGUCGGAGUCGCUCGAGAAGUUGACGUUCACUUUGUUCUCUCUCGUGUCUCGCCACGCAGACGGCCAGCUCUCUGCGUUUCUCAGAGAGGACAGGCAGGAAGGGGAGCCGCGGGAGAACCUGCAGGAGCAAACCGAGAUCCAGAAAACGGUGGAGCAUCUCCUGCAAAGGAAGAGCUGUGUCGACCUAGCGCAGAGAAUGAAAGAGAGUCACCGUUAUGCAGUGCAGGAGCAAAUCGCUGAGGAAAAUGCCGUGUUUGCUUCGCCGUUUCUGACGUUCCCGUUCGCGUCCCUGGACGUUCACCAGACGGCGUCGAAACUGCAGGAGGCGUUGCAGGAGCGGCAACGUCGCGUCGAAGAGCGGGAGAGGCGCCUGGAGGAAGAUCGCGAUGCAUGCGAGAGCUCGGAAGAAGAAAUCGAAGAAAGUCCUCCCGCGCGCAGAACGAUGGCGCCUCGAAAGUGUAAACAGGAGCCUGUCUGGCCACAGGCGGCGCACCCGCGGGACCGGAGACAGCGCGAAGAAGAGAGCGACUUCGAAUCGUGCGAAUCGCACAGUGGCGAUGAGGACGACUUAGAAGAACCGAGCAGCGAAGAAAGCAGUGAGGACGAGGCUUCCAGCACCAGGAAGAAAAAGACGUCCAGAGCCCAGAGCAGAAAAUCGACGAAACGAGCCGAGUUGCGAGGCAUGUCUGACCGAGGCGAGAGCGAAGAGCGACGGUCUGCCGCUGGAAGAAGAGUGAAGCUGGAGAGGAUGUAG